AUGGCAGAAAGCGCUUUAAACGUUAUAGACACCUUAAGAAAUAAAAUAACUGAGAUUCUGAGUAGACCAAACAAUCGCGAAUUAGAAAUAGAUUUCAGAACAACUUGCUCAUCCCCCCUCCGUGAGUGAACAAAACCAUUAGAAAAAUCCCUAUUUUUUGCCCAAAACUCCACCUCCGUAAGUGAACAAAAAUUUUUUAUGGGAAAAAAUUUUGAUAUAUAAGUGAUAAUUAUUAUAAUGAAAUAUCUAGCUAAUUCUGUUUAAUUUUAAACAAUUGCGUUUUAAAACAUAAAUUUUACAAAUUAAAUUAAUACUUUCUUUCAAUUUUUAUAGAAGUGAGAUUUUUUUAAAUUUCAAAAAAAAAUUUAUAAAAAAUUUAUAUAUAAUUUGUUUUUAAGAAAAAAAAUUAGCUCCCCUUCGUGAGUGAAAAUUUUUUUUCUGUUCACUCACGGAGGGGGGGAGUCAGCAAUUCAGAACAAUUCUUAUGAUCCUCUAGUAAUGCAAGCUUACCAAGAUUAUCUCAAUGCUUAUCGACAAAAAACAUCUCUUUAUAAUGUUGCAAGAGAUUAUGAAGAUUAUAAAUAUUAUUUAUAUAUUUAUAACACUGAAACUGAAGAAGUCAAAAAAUUGCAGGCUACACCACCGCUAUCUUCAGUUAACUACUUAGCUCAACUUCCAAAUGGCAAGCUAUUUUGUUUUGGUAAUGAUGGAUCUUCUGGAACUGUAAUGCUAAUUGGUGAGAAUGGCGGAGUCGAAGCGCUGCUAUCUUGUACUCCUUCACAAGAUUCAUCAUGUAUCUAUUUCAGCAACAGCAUCUAUUGCUUUGGAGGAUUAUUUAAUAGAUCCACUUCCGCCUUAGUCGGCAACACUGCUCCGGAGGCGCGUACUGGAGAUCGAGGCUGACUGGCCCCAGACGGUCGGCGGGCCCUAUGCGGCGAAGAAGCAGCGGGAAGCUCUGGGAGGGGUCACCCCGUGAAUGGCGUUAAAUACAGAACCUAAUAAGUUAAGUUAAGUUAAUAGAUCCACUUGAACUCUAUCUAGAAGAUUUGAUUUAGAUCAAAAUCGCUGAAUUCAAUUAUCCCCAAUGCCAAAAGCUGAUUCCAAGUGCAAUAGCAUAAUAUUUAAUGGAAAUAUUUUGAUUUCUGGAUGGAACAAUAGAAAUCUUUUGCUAUACUCAAUUGAUAUUGACUCUUUCUCGACAAUUCCUUAUGAAUUCGAAGAGAAGAAAUGAAAGAUCCUGAUAAAUGCAGAGAGACUAUAUUUGAUUGAAUGCCUUGGGUGAAUCUAUGAAAGCGAAAUUGGAAGUGCCAUGAAUUGGGGACGAAUAGGAAAAUCAAAAAUAAAUAGCGACUCUUCUCAAGUAUAUUGUGCAUACAAUAAAGGAGGAAUAUACAUUUCAACUGUUUUUAACGGAGUUAGAGAAUAUUAUCAUUUUGAUUUAGAUCAAAAAAACAUUAUUGAUUUAGCUUAUGAAAGUAAGAAUUACGGAUUUAGAAGAGUCGGUAAAAAGAUUGAAGCAAUAAAAUGAAAUAACCAGAAUUUUAAGCCUGAUCCUUAUUAUAGCUCAUACAUCUUAAUAGAUUUCUAUACCCCAGCAGAAUACCCACCAGAAAAAAUAUGGUAAGGGCACCUGCCUUAUAUAGUAGUAUAAGUCUGAUUAGGCACCUUAAAACCAUAAAGGGAGAUCUGCCAUUUUCGUUUUUAGUUUUCAAAAAAGCUGAUAAGUACAAAUUAAUUUUGGAAAUUAAAAUGGAUGGUCAAUAAUGAUCUAAAAUAUUUCAGGGGCUAUAUCUGGAUGAAUGAAGUGUAAAAGGCAUGAGUCUACACGAUUUAGGAAAACACCUAGAAGUAAUUAUAUACUAUGACGAAUUAAUCAAAAAAUAUCCAGAUGAAUUUAUUAAUUACUAUAAUAAAGGCAUCACUUUUUAUAGUUUAGAAAGAUAUCUAGAAGCAAUCGAAUGCUAUAACGAAGCAAUCAAACUAGAACCAAAUAUUUCUAAUAAUUACUAUCAAAAAGGCAACGCUUUUUAUAGUUUAAAAAGAUAUCUAGAAGCAAUCGAAUGCUAUGACGGAGCAAUCAAACUAGAUCCAAAAUAUGGUUAUUAUUACCAUGAUAAAGGCAAAGCUUUUUAUGGCUUAGAAAGAUAUCUAGAAGCAAUCGAAUGCUAUGAAAAAGCAAUCGAGUUCGAUUCAUACAAUGUCAAGUGUUAUAAUGAUAAAGGCAAUACUCUUUAUGUUUUAGAGAGAUAUCAAGAAGCAAUACAAAGCUAUGAUGAGGCAAUCAAACUUCAGCCCAAGAAUCCUUCACAUUUCUGCACCCGAGCUAGGGUAUUUAAUAAUCUCAGACAAGAAGAAGCAGCUUUGCAGGAUUUUAAUACGGCUUAUAAUUUAUGGCAACAAUAUCAAGAAAGUGAUGCUUUUGCUGGGAAUGAAUGGAAACUUUCUGAAGAAGAUAUCAAAUUUAUUAACGACAUAUUAGGCGAGACCGCAUUAAUUACUCCAAAAAAUGCAGAUCUAAAUAAAUUUUUAGAGUAA